AUUACACGUAAAAAAUAUUAUUAAGUACGUUUUUUUUUUUGAAAAGGGGGUUUUAUAUUUUAAGUAGGUUAUUGGAGUACUUUUUCUUUUCUUGAAUUUAUUCGAGAUGAGAUUCCGAUCUUUAAACUAAGAUAAUUUAUGUUCUACACAUAACUAUUUUUUUACAUAAUUCUAAAAUCGCGGACUUGGUUCUUAAUAUUUUAUUAGUUAAUUGUGUUAUAUAUAAUAGAAUACUUAUUUUAAACUAAAAAUAUAAAAAAAUCAAAUUUAAAAUUAGUUAUAUAUAAUUUAUUAUACAAAAAUUCAUAUACAAAUAAAAAUGAUAAAUGUAACAAAUUUAAAUAUAUUAUCUGCGCGUAGCGCGGAGAAAUGAUAUAGUUAUAGUAAUAGGGGUUAAUCCUGCAUUAAUCUUAAAAUAUAAAUAUUUGCCUACCUAUUCUAAAACCUGGCAAGUUGGUUACUGAGAAUAUCACAAUAACAUAUAAGAAUGGUUCAAAGGGAACAAAUAUUAAUUAUUUCUUUUAGAAAAACUUUUUGUUAAGACUUGCACGUCAUACCUUUGCUGUUUACAUUAUUUUAUUACACAUUAAAUUGAACUAGCUAGCCCAAACGAAACUCAGUCUUUCGCUUCAAUUCUUUUUUUCGAGAAAAAAAACACUUUUAACCACUGCACCAGGUCUCUAGCUUCUUAAUCUGUCUUCUCUUCAAUCUAUCUUUCUAUCUCACCCUGAUCAGCCAUGGGGGAAGAACCACUGCUUCAGAAACUCAGGAUUCAAGAAGACAUCGAAUCAGCCAAACACAAACUUGUUAACGACGACGUUGACGACGGUGAUGGUCCAGUCACUUUCAUUUUACUCUUCACAACCUUCACCGCUCUCUGCGGCACCUUCUCUUAUGGCACUGCCGUAAUUUUCUUCAUCUUCAUCUAUUUUUUUUUAUUUUUUUUGUGUGGUGGUUUUUCUGUUUCAUGUUAGAUUAAAUAUAGCUAGAAUGCUCAAUAAAGCUGGAAAACAAAAACUAAAAUCAACGUAAAUUUGAAAUGAAUAAUUUGUUCUUUAUAAAAAAAAAUACUUUUUUUUAUUUUCAUACAGCAAAAGUAAAAUAAAAUUAGCAACAUAAACAAUGCUUUCUUCUUCUUUAUUAGACAAAAAAAAAGCUUUCUUUCAUUCUUUUUUACUGAGCACGAAAGUUGGUUAAGAUUUAUGAGUAGGUCAUAUAUCAAAUCGUUAAUUAUUAGUUUUUGGAAGAUCAUUGUAGUCAUAUCGAACAACAGAAAUGCUUUUCUGUUUUUAUUUCUCUUGGAAUGUCCAAAUCAAGAGAAUGAUCUAUCAGGCUGUCACGAAAAGCGACAUAUAUUUAUGAUAAAUAUAUAUCCACAUGAUUUUCUGGUCUUAUUUUAUUUUGGGAAGGCCGGCUUUACGUCACCAGCUCAAUCUGGGAUGAUGGCAGGACUAAACCUUUCUUUGGCUGAGUUCUCUUUCUUUGGAUCCAUAUUAACAAUUGGUGGACUUGUGGGAGCCGCGAUGUCCGGAAAACUCGCUGAUCUCCUUGGUCGGAGAGGCGCUUUAUGGGUUUCAAACUCGUUUUGCAUGACCGGCUGGCUUAUGAUCGCCUACUCUCAGGCGGCUUGGUUCCUUGACAUCGGAAGACUUUUUCUCGGCGUUGCAGCUGGUUUAUCUUGUUACGUGGUACCAGUCUACAUUGUAGAAAUCUCACCCAAACAAAUCAGAGGCGCGUUUACUGCGGUUAAUGCGCUUGUGAUGUCUUCUAGCGUCUCCAUUACAUUCCUCGUUGGAUCAGCCACUUCAUGGAAAACAUUAGCUCUUAUAAGUACGGUUCCUUGUGUUUUAGAAUUCGUUGGUUUAUUCUUUAUACCGGAGUCUCCUAGGUGGCUGUCUAGAAAUGGUCGGGUAAAAGAAUCGGUAGCUGCACUCCAACGUCUGCGAGGAAACAACACUAAUAUCACCAAAGAGGCUGCAGAAAUCAAAAUAUACAUGGAAAAUCUUCAAGAAGAAUUCAAAGAAGAUUGCUUUUUCGAGCUCUUCAAACCACGAUACUCUCGUGUUAUUAGUGUGGGAAUUGGAUUGCUAGUACUGCAACAACUCGGAGGCCUCAGUGGCUAUACAUUUUACAUGAGCUCGAUAUUUCACAAAUCAGGGUUUCCUAACAACAUAGGAGUAUCAAUAACGAGCGCGGUGCAGUUGGUGACAAGCAUUUUAGGAUUAAUAAUCGUGGAUAAAUAUGGGAGACGGUCCCUUCUAACGAUUGCGACGGUCAUGAUGUGCAUGGGGUCAUUAAUCACAGGACUAUCGUUUUUAUUUCAGAGCUAUGCUUUGCUCAACAACUACACCCCAAUUUCAGCACUCAUUGGAGUGUUGGUUUUUUUCGUUUCCAUCACAGUCGGAAUAGGAGGUAUUCCAUGGGUCAUGGUCUCCGAGAUGACACCGAUAAAUGUAAAGGGAUCGGCAGGAACGCUAUGCAAUCUAACGAGCUGGUCCUGCAAUUGGUUCGUCUCCUACACAUUCAACUUUCUCUUCCAAUGGAGUACUUCUGGUGUGUUUUUCAUAUAUUCAAUAAUCUCUGGUUUGGGCAUUCUAUUUGUGCUGAAAAUGGUACCAGAGACUCGAGGUCGUUCACUCGAAGAAAUCCAAGCUGAUAUUACCCGAUAAUUUAAUUUGUACAUUGUAAUUAAUAUUUAUUUUUAUUUGGUAUCCAAUUCAUAUAGCUUAAUAAAUGGUCUCACUUAUAAGUCAAUUCAAUCCUCGUCUGGCCAUAAUUAAAUAUGCAUAAUUUGCACAUAUACCACCAAACAAUUGGUUGGUUCUUUUUUUGUAAGGUCGAUUGAUCCAGUUUAUGUAUGGUUCUUUUUUUGUAAGGUUGAUUGGUGCAUUUUUAUGUAUGGUGACAUAUAUUACAAGAUAAAUUAAAAGUUAAAUCGCAUUACAUUACUUAUUAGAUGUUGCUAUAUAAAGUCGAACCAAUACAAAGUUUGUAUAUUUAUGUAUUUAGGGUACCUUCUAUUUUUUUUUUUAUCAUCAUCAUUUUAAUAUCGUUCGACUGUGAUUCAUAAGUAUCAGAAAAAUAUGAGUUGCUGCUAUUUAAUGUUCUUUCGUUUUCAAAUAUAUACUUAUAGUACUUUUUUUCAUUUCCAGUUCCUUUGUGAGUUGUCAGACAUUAGUAUUAGCAGGUCCAACAACCGUUUCUAGCUUGGGUUUUUUUUUUUCAACAAAAAAAAUUAAAAUAAUGAAAAAGAACCAAAAAAGAGAAGAUUGGAUCUUCAGGUGUCAUUUGACAACUUCUGAUUGGUUUGUUCUUCUAAGAAGAAAUAAAUUUUAAUUCCAAAACUACACAUGAUUAAAUUAUUAUUAUUUUUGACAUUAGAACCUGUUUUUAAAUACUUGCCGAUGGGGUUGCCCUUAAGUAGGUUUGCCAUUUCCGUGUAUAUUUAGCUUCAUCUAUAUAUAAGUCCAUGUCGAAAUUGAUUUAUUUGCUGGAGUUCGUAUCAGAUAUAACUACGAGUAUGUCUGAGUAUGUCGGAAUAGGAUGAUUAGAAAUUAUCCCACACAUUUUUUACUACGGCAAGGUUUUGGAGAAAGGAGGUUUUAGUUAUUGUCGUGCCUCGUCGUCACAUUGUUAAUGUUACAUCUACUUUGUUUAGGGUUUUUAUAAGUUAAUAUUUUCACUUUGUGCGUUGACAAAUAGCCGAUUGAAAUAAAUGAUCAAAGAAACCUUGAAUAAGGCUAGUAUACUAUAGCUCGAUCAAUUAUUAUUUUAACUAAUUCGUUUAUUUCUUAAGAGCCCGAUAAUAAUGACAACGUAAUGACACAAAAUGAUGGAAUGAAUGACUUAAUUUAGGUGAAAUUGUUUUUUAGUGUUGUUUUUGUAAUACGUUGCCA